AGUCUCAGUGUGCGGAGCACUUCUCAUAAUGUUUGGUUUUCCGGAUGGAACGUUCACAUCACUGGGAUCUCUGGGAAAGGGAGAGGUAAAAGAGUGGAGGCAAUUUAUUCUUUGAGGAUUUUUUUUUUCCAAAAAGAAAAAAAAAAAAAAAGGACACGGGCCAGCUGAACUGCACAGACUCAAGCUGUUGCUUAUAAAGGAAAGAGAGUACCAGGAAAUUAAAGAGAAGAAAAAUGAAAGAGAAGUAUCCAUUCUAAAAAAGGAGCUGACCGAGCUGAAGGCUUUUGCACUGCUAGUUGUAAAGGAGCAAGAGAGACUGAGCAAGCUGCUGGAGAAGCAGAAACGCUGUACCAAACAACUGACGGCUAUCACUGACCAUAUCAAGCAGAGGCUUAGUGCUCCUAGACGAAGAGCAAAGGUGGGGGAGGAACUGAAAUCGCUGCAUAUCGGGGUUGAGCUCCACAAUCAAGUUUCCCUCUUCCACGAAAGCCAGAACAACAUGACAGCCCUAAGCCUCCUGUCAGAGGUCGAGGUACUGAGGAGAAGGGUGGUGCAAAUGGAGGGGAAAGAUGAAGAGCUGAUACGCAUGGCGGACCAAUGUCGAGACCUGGACAGCAGACUAGCGAAGGAGACCAGCAACUGCCGUAGCCUGAAAGCUGAAGUGGAUAAACUCAACAGCAGAAUUAGUGAACUGGACAGGAUGGAGGAGGCUUUAGGCAAGAGCAAACAGGACUGCAGCAUCCUAAAAAACAGCUUGGAGCAAGAGAGACAGGUCAGCAAAAUGCUUUCUGAUGAACUUGACACUUUAAGGCUAAAGGUAAGAGAUCUAGAGGCUGUUGAGAGCCAACUGGAGAAGAGUGAAAUGGUCAUCAGACAGGAUCUUGGCAAGCUGAGGUCACUGACUGUAGCGUUGGUGGAGGACAGAAAAGCUAUGGCUGAGAGGCUCCGACAGGCUGAGGAAAAACUACAUAGGAAGGAGGGCAAAAGAAAUGAGCAUGGCAAUUUGGCCACAAUGACAGAAAAGCUGAGAGAGGACCGGCUGCAGGCACUGAGGUCUCAAGUGGACUUGGAAGAAACAAUAAAGAGCAUAGCAAAGGAAAAAGAUGAUCUCCUGGACAGUCUGAACAAAGAGGAGGAAAGAAACAGAGAACUACAGAAUAAGGUAACCAUAAUGAAGAAGAAGUUACAGGUCUUGGAGAACAGGAAAGAAAAAGAGGACAAAUACUCAUACAGCUCUAUCCCAAAUAACACUGCCUAUUACUGCCAAACUGAAGACAACAAAGUUAAAGAACUGACCCGUGAGUUAGAAAAGCUGCAAAAGAGACUCCAGGAUAAGGAAGUGCUGGAGGGAGAACUGAUGAAACUGGAAGAGGACUUUGAGUGUCUUGAAAAGAGGCUCCAUGAGGAACAGACGAGGACCCAAGCUCUAACAGAGGAGCUGGAGGUGACAAAGAGAGAGCUUUCGAGGUACGAGCAGGCAGAGAAGCAGGAGGUCAACCAGGAGCACCUUCUCCUUUGCCGCCUUCAGAAGGAGCAGGUUAAAUCUAGACUCUUAACCAGAGAAGUAGACAGCCUGAAAGAAAAACUCCAGAAGCUGAUGGGAACAGAAGAAUCCAUUUGCAGGAUGCAAGUGGACCAAUCCACACUGCAAAGAAAACUGAGCCAGCAAGAAGCCAAGAACAAAGAGCUGGCCAGAGAAAUGAAGGAUCUUACUGGUGAGCUAGACAGAUACAGACACAUCAAUAGUGUGAAACCCAGUGCCAGCAAACACACUGCAGUCCAUGAUCAGACCACCAGAGGGGUACAAACUGAACCUGCACAGAGCCUGCCUUCUGACUAUCGGAGACACAGCAAGAAACUAGAUGAACAAAAUGGUGACACAGACCCAAACCAUAAUGUAGAGAUCAUCAACAAAAGGAGCUCUCCUGUCAACAGCCUUAACAGCUUAAACAGUUCGAAUAACAACCUAAGCCAGGACAGCAGCCACUCAGGGGCAGAAAUGCACCCAACAAUUAAUGGAGAAGUUAUGAUGUUAACACACACACCAGGUCAGCCACUGCACAUCAAAGUAACACCGCAUCAUGUCCUCAACACAGCGAUGCUCGAGAUCAGUAGCCCAACUGGAGAGACAGCAUCAUCGUACACCAGCACAGCCCUAAUCCCGACGAGUGGAGCUUCACCCAAGCAGAGAAUUACCAUCAUCCAGAACCCUAAGACCCCCACUUCCAGCCCUGACCGUGCCAUCUCCCCCCUCGACGGAGCAAACAUGUCUCGGAUGUUGAGCCCAAAUUCCUCACGCUCUGUCACACCCGACCACAACAGCUCUCCUAUUCAGAUCGUAACUGUCAGGAGUUGCUCUCCGGAGCCAGCAGAGGUUACAGAUCAGACCAUUUUCUGCAAGACACCUGAACAGCAGAACGGCUGGCACCAUUCGAGGUCCAGUACCCCUGACUCAAGUCCCAGUAUCAUCACAACAGAGGACAGUAAGAUCCACAUCCAUCUGGGGAGCCCAUAUUUCCAGCCCCGACAUGGUAUGACCCACAACUUCCCACAGCCCAUUGGGCCAUACUAUGUUCGACAUGAACAAAGAACUCAAGUACUCACUAACGGCUGUCAUGUAAAAGGUGUUGGAAAGAUUACAAGUAGUAUCACUAUAUCCCCUGCUAGCUCGCCAGGAUCAUAAUCCUCAAAUGUUACAACAAGCGGCCUUUGUAUUUAGGUGAAAUACAAAUAUAUAAUAUGUAUUUUGCAAAAAAUAUGUCCUCAGUCAUCAUUUUAAACUCUACACAACCAAAAUAAUUCUGCAAAUGAAAAGUAUUUUGAUGUAUUUGAAUGUUUCGUCAUGUUUGUUUAAUGUGAGCCUUUGUAAAGCUUACUUUAUUUGA